AUGGUCCUCACACAGCCCCCGAACCAGCAUGUGAUGAAGGCAUUCGACCUCACUGGGAAGGUCGCAGUUGUUACUGGUGGCGCUCGUGGAAUCGGUCUUGAAGUUUCGAGAGCGUUGGCUGAAGCGGGUGCGAAUGUCGCCUUGAUAUACAAUAGCUCUGGCAACGCCGAUGAAACUGCAGCUGAGAUCGCAUCCGCCAACAGAGUACGCACAGCAGCAUAUCAAGCGAAUGUAGGUAUUCAGACGGAAAUCGAAGCGGUUGUACAGAAAAUCGCGAAGGAUUUCGGUCAACUUGACAUCAUGGUAGUGAAUUCGGGUGUUGUUUCUAACAUCGCCGCCGAGGAUUACACGGCCGAUCAAUGGAGUGAGAUCAUGAAAGUUAACCUUGAUGGUGCUUUCUAUUCUGCUCAAGCCGCCGGUCGGAUUUUCAAGGAACAGGGUCGUGGAAAUGUUAUCUUCACAGCCUCGGUCAGCGCGAUUUUGGUCAAUGUGCCACAGAAGCAAGCAGCGUACAAUGCAUCCAAGGCGGGCGUUGUUCAGCUAGCAAAGUGCUUGUCUGUUGAAUGGGUUGACUACUGUCGAGUCAACUGUAUCUCACCAGGAUUCAUUGCCACCGACAUUCUCAAUAUUCAUCCCAAGGAGUGGCGCGAAAAGUGGCUCGAUAUGAUUCCUGCUAAGAGAAUGGCCGAAUGCUAUGAGCUGAAAGGUGCCUACGUUUUCUGCGCCUCGGACGCGUCUAGCUACAUGACAGGAGCAAACCUUGUGAUUGACGGGGGAUACACCUUGCCUUAG